ACUGCUAUGGCUAGAGACUGUAAAGGUGCAGCCAAACAGUUUCUGGUUUCAGUGUACUGUACAGAGCUAAUGGACCCCAGCAAAGAAAUCACCCUUAAGUUCUGACUUUAACAGGAAUGGGGUUUUGCCUUGAAGAAGUCUUCAAAGUAAAAAAUCAGCCUCUCAAGAAAUGGAUUCCCUUUCACCUUUAGACGUUGACGACAUUGAACAAAUGUCUGCCGUUAUUCCAUCCAACAACAAAUCGUCUUCUGAGUCUAAUGCAGCCCCCGUCCCGCCGACAUCUACCUCCCCAAAUCCUAGCCACACCGCUUGUCCUGAGCCUCAUGCAGUCAUUGCUGACCUCCCUCUUGCAACCACCAUGUCACCUAAAGCCCCCGCCAAACGCACAUUCGCUGCCAUUGCCAAAAAGGUGAUCAUCCAAGAGCGAUUCAGGAAGGCAGAGGAGGAGGAUGCAGCAGAUGAAGACGAUGAGGAAGAGCCAGAGGAGAAGGAGUUAACUUUGGAGCAGCUGGAGGGGAAAGCACAAGCUGGAGAUGCCCGAGCUCAGACCCAGUUGGGUCAACAUUACCUGAUUGUAGCCGAGGAGAGGGACACAGAACUUAACAACAGUCUUGCAGUGAGGUGGUUACUGAAAGCCGCCAAGCAGGGAAGAAGAGGGGCAGCUCGUCUUCUUCAGCGCUGCUGGAUCCAAAAUAAAGGCAUCAGCCCAGACAACGAGGAUGAAGUGCGUAGGCUGUCCACAGAGAGUAAGUUUGAGCUGGCCGUGCGUAAGGCAGCCAUGUUGAUGUACUGGAAGCUUAACCCAGACAGGAAACCAAAGGUGGCCAUGACUGAGCUGCUGGAAAACGUCAGUCAAGUCAACAACCAGCCAGGUGGCAUCCCUGGACCAACCGCAGGCCAGACCCAAAAGAUCUUACAGAGCAUGGUCAGCAACAGGUCUCAGGAUCUGGUGGACCUGGAUGACUUUGUUGAGAUCACUAAGCAGUUUGCCCAGGGCAUGGCCGCCCCAGCCUCCCCUCCCCGCACCGUGACGCAGGAGAACAAGAGCAAGGUAGCGCUCAUGUCUUCACGACUAGUGCUGGCACGACUAGUGCUAGCACGGCAACAGGAGAUAGGAUCCAAAUACACAGGAGAAUUCAGGAAAUGUAACAAAAAGGCUUUAAUAACGAAAUCCCCCAGAUCUAAGUUACAAUAUCAGAUGGACAGCCAGGAUCCUGGAGAGGGACUGAGCAGGAUAUCUACGGCGGACGGCCUGGAUUCCGAUGCUGUUGGAUUUUGUGUAUGUGCUUGUGUGUGUACUCACGUGUGUGUGUCCGUGUGUGUCCAUGUGUUUAUGCAGAGCCCAGACCCACUCCCACAACCAGGAAGGAAGACAUCUAAGGGUUCCUGGGGCCUGGCCCAGGGAGGGAUGAUGCUGAACUCUAGGCGCAGCGGAGCCCUGAUUAGAGCCAUGGCCUUAAGGUCAAACUUCAUGAUGCUCCAGUACCCCCUCCACAUUGUGAUGGAGGUGAAGGAGCACCUGGUGGACUGGGCGUCGCGCGCUGGCGUCCUGUGGCUCAGCACCUUAAUCCCCACGCAGCACGUCAACGCCCUCAUCUUCUUCUUCAUCAUCAGCAAUCUGACAGUGGACCUGUUCGCCUUCGUAAUCCCCCUGGUCGUCUUCUACAUGUCCUUCAUCUCCAUGAUCUUCUGCACUCUGCGCGUUUUCCAAAGAAGCAAGAUGUGGGAGAACUUCAGUACCCUCACCGCCCUCCUUACACGCUUUGAGCCGGGGCUGGACGUGGAACAGGCCGAGAGCAACUUCAGCUGGAACAAUCUAGAACCACACCUGUACUUCAUCCUCUCUGUCUUCUUCGUCAUUUUCUCCUUCCCUGUAGCAGACAAGAUCUGGAUCCCCUGUUCAGAGCUGGCCACCGUGGCCAUCUUCUUCUUCGUCAUCAGUUACUUGAGCCUGAGCCCUGCUGCGGCCACCUACGCACGGCGGGCCAUGGUCAUAGAGGUGGCGUCAUCUCUGUGUUACCUGACUCGCUUCCUUCCAGAAAAGAUGGCCAUCCGCAUUUUGGGGCGCACCUUUGCUACUCUGCCACUAGGGGAGUCUGUGGUGCUGAAGCUCAGUCUGCCCUGCCUGCUAUAUGUUUAUCUAUUCUACCUGUUCUUCAGGUGAGCAGAGAGA